CCUUUGCAAAUUACCCUUCCAUCUUCCAUUCUCAUUCGAGCCGCCACUGCAUUUCUCUUUCUUUUUUUUUUGUUCGGAACAAGCCUUAUAGAUUCUCUUCAUCAUGUCCGCUCCUGAUGCAACAGCAGCCGAAAAGAAUAUCCAAAUUUGGAAGAUCAAAAAGUUGAUCAAAAGUUUGGAUAGUGCAAGAGGUGCAGGAACGAGUAUGAUUUCCUUAAUUUUACCGCCAAGAUCACAAAUCGCACAAGCAAGUAAUAUGCUUACACAAGAAUACGGUACUGCAAGUAACAUCAAAUCUCGUGUUAACAGAUUAUCUGUCCUAGCAGCAAUCACUUCAACACAACAACGUUUAAAGCUCUACACACGUGUUCCACCAAACGGUUUGGUUGUUUAUUGCGGUACAAUCUUAAACGAUGAAGGAAAGGAAAAGAAGGUCAACUUUUCAUUCGAACCUUUCAAGCCAAUCAAUACUUCACUUUAUCUAUGUGACAACAAAUUCCACACAGAAGCAUUAGCAGAACUUUUGGAAGAUGAUGCCCGUUUCGGUUUCAUCGUUAUGGAUGGUAAUGGUACUUUGUUCGGUAUCCUUUCGGGAAACACACGUACAGUUUUGCAAAAGUUAUCCGUUGAUUUACCCAAAAAGCACGGUCGUGGUGGUCAAUCAGCUUUGCGUUUCUCUCGUUUACGUGAAGAAGCAAGACAUAAUUACGUUCGUAAGAUUGCCGAAUUGGCUACCCAACACUUUGUUUCUGAUAGCAAAUGCAACGUUGCAGGUUUGGUUUUGGCUGGUAGUGCUGAUUUCAAAUCAGACCUUGGUCAAUCCGACUUGUUCGAUCAAAGAUUGAGACCUAAAGUUGUUCAAACUGUUGAUGUUUCUUAUGGUGGAGAGAACGGAUUCAAUCAAGCUAUCGAAUUGGCAGCCGAAUCAUUGCAAAACGUCAAAUUCGUUCAAGAGAAACGCUUGAUCCAGAAGUACUUUGACGAAAUCAGUCAAGAGACAGGAAAAUACUGUUUCGGUAUCGAAGAUACAUUCAAGGCAUUGGAUUUGGGUGCAGUGGAAAUUUUGAUCGUUUGGGAAAAUUUGGAAAUCAUGCGAUAUGUAUUGAAAGAUUCAGAAGGAUCUCAACACGUUUUGAUGUUAACAAAAGAACAAGAGCAAGAUCAAAGUAGAUUCAUCGACAAAGCAACUGGCGUGGAUAUGGAACAAGUAGAAGAGCCACAAUCUUUGCUUGAAUGGCUCGCCGAAAAUUACCGUCAAUUCGGUACCAAUCUCGAAUUCGUUACUGAUCGUAGUACCGAAGGUAACCAAUACGUUCGUGGAUUCGGUGGUAUCGGUGGUAUUUUGCGAUACAAAGUUGCAUUUGAAGAAUUGGCCGUUUACGAAGAUGAUGAUGAUGAAUUCAUGUCUGAUUCUGAUGAUGAUUGACUUUACCCAAAGGCAGUUGUGAAAACGUCCGUCAUCAAAUUCGACCCGGAGAUGUUU